AGAACAAAGAGAGUUAAAAAAAACAUAAUCUGAUGCACAAAAUUUUGGUCCCUCAUUUUCACCCCUGCAGGACUUCAACAUCCCCUCCAGACCGGCCCCCAAGCCAGCAUUCUCCCCUGCCCCUGCACCGCCAAGGCCGGUGUUCGCCAACGCGGCCCCUGUAUCAGUUGAAAACUUUGGCCCCCCAAGUAGACCGGCUCCAGCUCCUAAGUUUGGAUUUGCUGACCAAGGGGCCCCCUUGCAGUCACCAUCCAGACCCCCACCUCAACCAUCGUUUGCACCUGCACCCAGGCCAGCGCCCCAAUACAGACCUGCACCAAAACCUUCAGCUGGUCGACCCAAUGGAGGCUCAAUUUUAGAUCAACUCAGCAAAGACUAUGCUUUACCACAGGGAGACUCAGCACCACUGCACGAUAUCAGUUUUGGCUAUUACUAGAACAAAAAAAAAUGUUUUUUAGGAUUUUUUCAAUUUAAUUUUCGUGAAAAAUACCAUGGGAGACAUACUUACUUUCUUUGAGAAGUAAAAAUAACCCCCUGUCUAUUUUUUUAUAUGUUAUUUAGUCUGUCAUGGUAUUUAUAUUCUUGACUUCUAUUUAUUUUUCUUUUCUAUCCUCUAUUUCUACCUCUCUACUGUUUCUGUCCUAUUUUUUCUUACUUUUAUCUAAUUUAUUCUUACUUUAUACUUUUCUCUUUUCUAUUUGUUAUUUUCUUUCUUAUUUUGAUUUUGUGUUUUCAUUUCUUUCAUCUCUACUUUUUUCUUUUUUAUCUCAAAAAAAACUCAGCACCAUUGCACUCUAUCAGAUUUUUAAUUUUCAUAAAAAAUACCAUGAGAGACACAAUUCCUAUCUAAGAAGUAAAAACAGCUCAAUGUCUAUGUUUUUAUAUGUUCUUUAAUCUGUCAUGGUAUUUGUAAUCUAGAUUUCUAUUUAUUUUUUCC